CCUAGGGACUCCACCACGCCCAAUCGCAGCCAUCCGGCGUUCGUCCGUCCGUCCGUUAGCGCCGUCUCACUCGUGUCCGCGUCUUCCGCCGACGCGCCGUUUCCUCUCCGUGCGCACCGCUCCGAGCGCGCGCGUCUUCUCCCCACCGCUUAACCUCUCGUCGGAACGCGUCGCGCCGCGGAGAGCGGCACGCCAGUCAGUCGGUUUUUAUCUAUCGCGCGGAGUGGCGCGCGGUGGCUUGGCGCGUCAACAGCGACAGAAAGAAAGAAAGAAAGAGAAAGAAAGAAAAAGAGAGAGAGAGCGGCUUCGAUGCUAUCCGGACAGUGACGAACCGUCGUUCCUCGCGGAUCAGCGGGCGUUCGUUUCCGAAACUCCCGCGCGUAGUCACAACCGAUAGCCCGCGCCGUCGUUGUUGUCGUCAUCGUCGCGCCGACGUCGUGAUCCUCGUCGUCGGUGGACUCGCGCGCGCGUCCCGACCGGAAAGUAGCGGCUAGGUGCGUCGUUUCGUCGGAGGGGGCGAGAAGAAGCGCGCCUCGUGGGGCCCCGUGCGGGAUCGGACCGGAGCGCGCAGCGGCGGUCGGCCAUUGUGCUUUCUUCGUGCUGUCGCCGACGGGACCGAGCCGUGCUUCGCUGUCGUCGGCGUGUACGCAUCGUUGCCGGUGUGCUCGCUCUGUGCGCUGGAGACCGUAUACCGGGUGGACUCGUAAGGAGUACGUACGCACGCGUGCGUGCGUCAGUCGUCGCCGGCUACUAUCGUCGGAGCCGCACGGACCCCGCCACUGACGUCGGCCGCAGCUUCCUCUCAUCGCGGACCAGCAUCACGGGGAUGCGCAUGCACGGGUACGAAGCUGCGGGACGGUGCGUACGAGCGACGUGGACGCGCCGGUGAAGUCGGUGGAGGACGAAGAGGAACGAAGGAGCGGAGAGGGAGAGAGAGUGAGUGAGAGAGAGAGAGAGAGAGAGAGAGAGAGAGGCCGCGAAGAAAUGAAAUGCGCGAAGAGAGCCAUUAGGAAUCUGCUCCGAGCGAGUGUCAUUCACCCUGCGAGCGCAUCGUAAGAAGGAGAAGAAGCGAAAGCCGAAGAACCGCCGCGGAAGAGAAGAUCGUACGACUGAGUGCGUCGUACGCACGCACGCGAGAUCAGCGGCAUUCCCGAGCAAUUGGUCCGCGCCUCGAAUCUCGCGAGUUUCGGCGAGGGUUCAUUCGUCAGCGCGCCGGCACACGCGCGUAAUCGGCCGUCUCCCAGCGGCGAAGCGUCAAAGUGAAAGGCGCCGAGGGAGCGCAUCGCGGAACCGCGUGAUAUUUUCCGCGCUAUAGGCCACAGACCGGGAGAAGAAAAAUCCGCCCGCGGGAUCCGACCGACAGCUUUACACGUUUAUCGAUUUAUCGGGGAUCCGCAACACGCAGUCACUCUCUCUCUCUCUCUUUCUCUCCCUCUCUCUUUCUUCUUCCCUCCUUCCCUCCGCACUCACUCACUUUCUCUCUCUCUCUCUCUCUCUUUUCACCGGAGUUUUCCGUCGUCCAUUAAAGCCUCGAUAUAUAACAUACUGCUGUAUAUAGAUAUAUAGAUAUAUAUAUAUAUAUAUAUAUAUAAGCGGUACACGCUCUUUACGAGGGAUAAUCUCCUCGUGUCUGUCGCGUCUGGUCGCGACGUUUCGCCGAGAGCGCGAGUUGCUGCGCCAAGAGUCGUCCCGGCAAUCUCUCGGCCCGGUUGCUCCCGUCGCCGCUGCAUCUUCGCUGUGUUGUGUAUGCCGGCUGUAUUAUAAAUAGAGACAGAGGAGAAAUUCUGCCUAAACGACUGCGUGUUGGCGCGUUUGAGAGGGAAAGGAAGACAGAGAGAGAGAGAGAGAGACAUACUCGCCUGUCGAUGCCCGCGAGACGCCCCGAUCGUUGGUCGUCGCUGGUGGAAUUGAUGGAAUGCACGAUUGAGGAGGAGUCGACGAGCGUGCGCGGGGAUAGACCAGUGCGGCCGAUCGUAGUCAAUCGCGGCUCGACCGCGAGGAUGAUCGCGCGGAAUCCGCCGCCGACGAGUGCCGAUUGUGCGAUCGAUAACGCGACCGCCGUCUUCGCGGAGCGACGCGGACGAUCCUAAGAGAGCCUAAAAGGGAAAGAUAGAGAAAGAGAGAGAGAGAGAGAGAGAAGGAGAGAUUUGAUCCCGACACUCCGACGCAGAUCGCACUCGCCCCGGUGGAUCAGCUCGGCCGAUCUGCGAACGGUGACACAGCUUCUUCCAUUGAUGGUAACGGGAGUACGCGCGCGCGCCUGCUCCACUUCGGACGCUACUUCGGUGACCUGUCAUCGCCUACUAAGAUAGAAGAGAUUCUAGACUGAUAAAAUAUUUGUUCGACUGAUUAAAACACGGGGGAUCCAACUUGCUGUCGGUGAUCGGCAACAAGCCUCAAGUUGAUUUACCGACCCCCCGUCGCCAUUUGCUUCGCGAUCGAAGCUCAGCAACGUCGCCUUCCACGAUAUACAACCUAAGCCACCUAAGCUACCGUUAAUUAACCUAAUUGCUAGCGGAAACGGCCUGGAAAUUAUUCAGCCAGCUGCGGAAAGCGCGAAGACACGAAGAGAGAGAGAGAGAGAGAGAGAGAUACGUGCGCCAGUCAACAUCCUUGCGCUCGCGUGGAACUUGCUCGAGGUGCUGCAGGUGCCGUUGUUCGAUAAUAAUCACCACGUCUCCUUCCAAGCGGCCGAGGCGAAGACACACCGUGAUCCUUCUUCGUCGUCGUCGAGAAGCGUUCUCUCGGGAAUCGGGUUGCCAAAUGAGUCGAGCGUCGUCGUCGUCGUCGCGAACUUCUCGGAGCGGCCGCGAGUGAUCGUGAAUCCUGAAUUGCGACAUCGCCGUCGUCGUCGUUGUAGAUUUCUGAUCAAUCUAGGCGCUCGGACUGAAUCUCGUUUCGGUUCGCAUUCGAAUUGAGAUCGGAUCUACAUCGGGAAAGAGAGAGAGAGAGAGAGAGACACGCUCGCCGGUUCUCUCGCACGUGGUCCUCGCGCGGCGGGGACCGAUCGUCCCUGGCGGUGGUGUCCCAGGGCCGCAGAUGGGAGCUGGUCUGUCAGGACCCGGCAGGGUGAUCAACCCCGUGCAACAGCAGCAACUACAGAGGAGACAGCAUCAAUUACUCGCGAUCGAGCGCGAACUCAUCGCAUUCGCGCCCGCACGACCACGUCGUCGACCACGAGGCCUCUUCUCCCAUCCGAUUCGGCCGCGCAAAUCCGAUCAAGCUGGAAUUGAUGGAGUUGGAGAACAUCGUAGCGAACACCGUGUACCUGAAAGCGAGAGAAGGCGGUGGUGACAGCAACAAGGGAAAGAGUAAGAAAUGGCGGAAGAUACUUCAGUUCCCACACAUUUCCCAGUGCAUCGGCCUAAAAGAUAAACUCGACAUCAGGUACAGCUAUGUCGUGGAUCAGCAACCGAUCGGGCGGCUUCUAUUCAGGCAGUUCUGCCAGGACAGGAAGCCGACCUACCACCGUUACAACCUCUUCCUGGACGCGAUCGAGAAGUACGAGGUCGAGAUGGACGAGAAUCGCACUGAGCUGGCGAAGGAGCUGUUCGAGCAGUAUCUGAAGAGGGAGGACUCCGAGGUGGUCGACAUACUGAACGACUCUCUGAUCUCGCAGUGCGAGGAGCGGCUCAGCACCGGCGGCAAGGAGCUGUUCGUCGAGGUGGCGCAGACGGUGAAGAACUUCCUGGCCGGCUUGCCGUUCUCGUCGUUCCUCAACAGCUUCUACUUUUACAGGUACCUCCAGUGGAAAUGGUUAGAGGCGCAGCCGGUAACGUACAAGACCUUCCGGAUGUACCGGGUGCUGGGCAAGGGCGGCUUCGGCGAGGUGUGCGCCUGCCAGGUGCGCGCCACCGGCAAGAUGUACGCGUGCAAGAAACUGGAGAAGAAGCGGAUCAAGAAGCGCAAAGGCGAGUCGAUGGUGCUGAUCGAGAAGAACAUCCUGCAGAAGAUCAACUCCAAGUUCGUCGUCUCGCUGGCCUAUGCAUACGAGACCAAGGACGCGCUCUGUCUCGUGCUGACUAUCAUGAACGGCGGCGACCUCAAGUUCCACAUUUACAACAUGGGCGGUGAGCCGGGUUUCGACAUAAAUCGCGCCCGAUUCUACGCGGCCGAGGUCGUGUGCGGCCUGGAGCACCUUCACCUACAGGGUAUCGUCUACAGGGACUGCAAGCCGGAGAACAUACUGCUGGACGAUCACGGUCACGUGCGGAUAUCCGACCUCGGUCUCGCCGUAGAGAUCACGGAGGGCGAUAUGGUGCGCGGCCGGGUAGGCACGGUCGGCUACAUGGCGCCCGAGGUAAUCGACAACGAGAAGUACACCUUCUCGCCAGACUGGUUCAGCUUCGGCUGCCUGUUGUACGAGAUGAUCGAGGGCCAGGCGCCCUUCCGCGCCCGCAAGGAGAAGGUCAAGCGCGAGGAGGUCGACAGACGCGUAAAGGAGGAUCAGGAGAGGUACUCGGCCAAGUUCAGCGAGGACGCCAAGAGUCUGUGCCAGCAGCUGCUGAAGAAGAGCCCGAAGAGCAGGCUCGGUUGCAAGUGCGGCCGGCAUGGGGCGAGGGAGGUGAAGCUCCACGGCUUCUUCCAGUGCUUAAACUGGAAGAGGGUCGAGGCCGGUAUGUGGGAACCGCCGUUUGUGCCGGAUCCUCGAGCGGUUUACGCUAAAGACGUCCUGGACAUCGAGCAGUUCUCCACGGUGAAAGGUGUCAAUUUGGACGCCACAGACGACACGUUCUAUAGCAAAUUCAACACCGGCAGUGUCUCCAUUCCAUGGCAGAACGAGAUGAUAGAGACUGAGUGUUUUAAGGAGCUGAACGUAUUAGGCCCUAACAACACGCCCACUCCGGACUUACUGAUAAACCAUCCGCCGCCCAACAACGAGGACAGAGGCUGCUUUCCGUUCCGGAGAAAGAGAAAGCAGAGCGCCCGCACGAGGGAGAUCCCGUUGUCGGAGUGCCACCUGUUGGAGCUGUCGCAGACGCAGAGCUCGGAGAUGCCGGCCAGCUGAUCCAGGGUGAACGCGAAUAGCCUGAAUCGAUCGACGUCGUCGCCGUUUCGGGGCUGCUGCCGCGGUUGAGACGACGACGAUGAUGAUGAUGAUGAUGAUGAUGACGCGUCCAGGUGCCCAGGAACGCCCUGAGUCCUCGGCAACCGUAUGAACGCGGCUGCCCGUUUGACGAACGGGAGAGACGGACCCGAAGUGUCCCGCUGUCCCGGUGACCGCGCGUGGUACCGCUCUCGAGCGUCUUCCUCGAGAGGUUCACGAGGGGGAGAGAAAGAGAGAGAGAGAGAGGUACUCGUGCCGAGGAUCCGAGGGAUUCGCGCGCGAUUUCACACGCACGCACGCACUCGCUUGCAAAACGGACGCCGCAAUGAAGCCGGGAGCAAAACGUCAGGAUUGAGAGCUACUAUCGACUCUGCACGACGGCAGUCACGAAGGGCCGGUACAGUCGGUGUCACCGUGUACGCUCUGCCAUCCCCCGGCCUGAAUGUUACACGAUACUCUUCGGUUUGAUGGGUAACUUAUCACACGAGGAAUUGAAAAUCGCCGAAGGAAACUCGAAUUCAAACGAUAGGGUCGUAAUGGCUCUAAUUACAACGGUUUCCACCUCGCAUAGUGUAUCUGAAAUCCUGCAAUUUGCGAUCCAGCGGAUGGUACAGCGCGCA